UAAAAGUAAAUUUUGUUCAAAAGUUGGCGGAAAACUUGCAAUGUUAAAGAUCAUUUUUCCGUAGUCUACUUUUUUGGGCGCCACUUUCUUCUCUAUAUCGGGCAGUAUCGAACACGGUCCUACUUUCUAUCAGGUUGAAUGACACAGCAAGUUUUCUCUUUUUCCACAAAACAUGGCAAGUGCUGAAAAUUGGAUUUCGUCGGAGGUGGAGCAGGGUAUCCUGCUGUCGGAGACAGAAGAGAACGGCAUCGUUACCAGGACGUAUAUAGCCCCCAUGUUGGAGCACGAGAAGAUGGAAAAUAAAGAUCCCUUAGCUUUGCCCAAAAAGUAUCCGAUGCCGUACUUCUGCCCACAUUGUGGCAAUGGCAUCGGCUCGUCCGGAGCUUUUACCAUGCAUCUUCGGGCCUGCCAACGACGCAUGGCAGGUGGGCAGCGCCAGGCAGAUUUUCCAGCGAAAUUCGAACCGCAGCCGUCGCAGAAAUCGUACCCGCACGUCAAGCCCUGGAGAAAGACAUAUUCCGGCCCUUUCCAAUGCAUCUUCUGCAGCAAGGAGUUCGAGGUGAAGCUCGAGCACGGACAAGGUCGGCGUCGGUAUGCCUGCGACGAUUGCGGCCAGAAGGCCAGGGCCAAGGAGGCGGAGCGCCAGAAAAAUCCCAAGGUCAAAGGGAAGUCGUUGACCUGCGAUCGGUGUGGGAAGAAGUACAAGCUGGAAGGCUUUCUGGUGCGCCACCAGAUCCUAUGUCAGGGCAUUAGCGAGAAGAAGAAGAAGAGCGAGACCCCGUACGAGAUCCACGAAAUCACGAAGAAGAAGCUCGAGGAAAAGAUCGAAGUCAUCGAGCUUCAGGCGACGGAUGAAAUCCAAGAAGUCACCGAAGUUAAGGAAGAAUUCGAAGUCAAGAUUAUCUAGGUCAAGCUAGAGGGCGAAAUCUACGAAGGCAUCAAGAUAUAGACCGACCAAGACUGCUAGACUACAGUAUUAUAUUC